GGUUCGCAAAUGCGAGUCACAAGGAUUAGGGUUUUAGAUCUCCAUCGUAUUCCCGCAGCUGCCGAGGCGACGCAGAAAGAAAACCCUAGCGUGAUUCAAGAUGGGACACUCGAACGUCUGGAACUCUCACCCCAAGAACUACGGCCCUGGUUCCCGCACUUGCCGAGUGUGUGGAAACCCUCAUGGGUUGAUCCGGAAGUACGCGCUGAUGUGCUGCAGGCAGUGCUUCCGCAGCAACGCCAAGGAGAUUGGCUUCAUCAAGUACCGCUAAAUGGAGACACCGCCUGAUUCAGAUUGGCCAUCAAGUUGUCUUAAGUAUGGAGCUCAGGAUCGUUUUUAUUGUUUCUGUACCUUUUCAUUUUCUUAUCCAAGACCAUAAUGUAGUAUAAUCUUAAAGUUUUGACAAUUAGUUGUUGACUGAGCCGUUGUUGAAACUAUUCGUUGAAUCGAAAUCUUGUUAUCCAGUGGGUAUUUCUCUC